AUGGCUAUGAGAAAAGCAUUCUCUCCGCUUCUUUUAAUACUUGUGUUUAUUACUAAAAGUGUUGAAUGUCGAUGGAGUUUCACGGAGGAAGAAGACUUGGAAUUUGAAAAACAACUGAAAAUCCUUAACAAACCUCCUGUGAAAACCUUUCAGUCUCAGAGCGGACAUUUUUAUGACUGUAUUGAUAUCUACAAACAACCAGCUUUUGACAAUCCUCUUCUGAAAGAUCACAAACUUCAGAUGAGUCCCAGCAGUUUUCCAAGAGGCGUGACUCGUGAACUACAGCCUUCCACUGCAAAAUACAAUUUCUACAAGAACAUCAGUUGUCCAUUAGGAACCGUUCAAAUUCGCAGAACUACUAAGAACGAUUUGAUACAUGCCAAAACUCUUCAGAAUCAUAUCAAAGGACACAAUAGUUUCCAAUCGAAGAUUGCUAGUCUUAAUGGGAGCCAUUUUGCAGUGAUGAAAUCGGUUCUUGGAGAAUAUUAUGGGUCGCAUGCUGCGCUUGUUGUUUAUGGUUUUCCAAAUAUUACGCUUAAUCAGUUGACAAUGAGUGAAAUAUGGGUCAUUGGAGGUGCAGAGGGACCCGAGGACGAAGUAAAUGUGGUACAAGCAGGAUGGGAUGUGUUUCCCAGUCUAAAUGGUGACUCUUUAACACAACUAUUUACGUAUUGGACGGCUGAUGGUUAUAAAAAAGCUUGCUACAAUCUCGAGUGUCAAGGAUUUGUUGUGGUAUCUAGAUCAGCUUCUCCUGGGAUUGAAAUAUUUCCCCUUUCUACCUAUGGUGGAAUUCAAGAGUUAAUUGACAUAACUAUCUUCAAGGAUCAGGAAACUGGAAAUUGGUGGUUGGCAUUUGGAGAUGAUUUUGUGGGAUAUUGGCCAAAGGAAAAUUUCAAUAAAAUGGAGAAAGCUACUGAGGUUGAUUGGGGAGGUGCAGUUUACUCUCCCUUGAAUGAGCCUAGUCCUCCUAUGGGGAGCGGUCAUCUACCUUUCGAAGGUUUAAACAAGACAUGCUAUUUUCUGAAUGUUGAGUUAGUAGAUAAAAAUAAUAAGUACUAUAGCGCAGAUAAAAUCAAUGUCGAGCUGGGCGCUGAUGCCCCUAGUUAUUAUAACAUCGAUGAAAAUAUGGAAACCGGAUAUCCAGAUGGUUACCGAUUUCGUUAUGGUGGUCCUGGAGGAUAUACAGGAUGA